AUGGGUGACGAGUACGAACAACUGGGGCCAACCGACGCGCCCCCGCCUCCUCCAGGAGCUGAAAUUCAGCCGCCUCCUCUUCCUCCUCCUCCACUACCACCAGCUCUUCCACCACCGCCUCCACAGUCUUUUCCGCCGCGGCCGGUUCAACCAGCGUCCAAGACGGUGCAACAAUCUGAAUCCACAGAAAAGAGAGAGGGAGGAAAGGAGGGACAUAAACAUGAGAAGAGAAUAAGCAUAAGACAAGAAAACACGUUUGGCAGCACUGCAAAAGGAGAAGAAGAGCUUUUUGGGGAAAACCUGGAUUUUGCAUUAAAGAGAGACAAUAAAGGUGAUCGCAGCAGGAAGUUUUGUUGGAUUUUUGUUUCCCUUGUCAUUGUUUUGCCAAUAGCUUUGAUUAUAAUGCUCACGCUAAAUCAAAUAAGUCAAGGUGAAUGGUUCCACUUCAUCGAUGUGAUACUCCAGCGGAAAAGGAAAUCAUCAUAUACAUUCUACGUCAUUACAAACCUUGAGCAAGGCAUCAAUCGUCGCAUGGUUGGCAACUUGCCAGAUAAAGCAUAG